GGCAGGAAGGAGUUGAAGCCGGGAGCUGAUGGGCCGCUUUUUAAUCAGUGCUUUGAGUGGCUUUACUAAAUUCCAGCCCCGACCAACCAGACCUCAAAUCGUUGUUGAUUAGCAUAGAUUUUAAGCCAAGGAAUGCUAUAGGUUUGUUUAUCAACGAUCUCUCCUUUGUUUUUGUCGUCUCGGAUUCAAUCGACCUUGAUUUUUCGAGUACCGCUCCUCGAUUCCUCAGUGCAAUUCAUAGAAGUUGAGCUUGGGCAAAAAUCUAAAUGAAAAGUAACACGUAAUGAUGGGAGUGACGCAUUUGCUGGUGCCUAAUCAGUGAGCAUAAUGUUUUCUGAGAGAUUGCCAGUUGAUGAAUCUCUUUGUCAAGAUGUUGAGAGUUUGAGCAUUUCAAAGCGUCUUGUGAGGAGUGUCAGCCAGAAGUUGAGGAAAAAAAAUAACAAAGGGGGAGGGGAAGAAGAUGAUACUGGAAAGGGAAUCUCUUUAAGAUGCCUUACCUUGUAUAGUCGAGGUGGGGGCUGCAAGGUAGGUGCUGAUACUAGUGACGAAUUUGGGGAUUCAAACAGUAGAAGGAGGUCUAGUGCCAGUGAAGAAGGAAAGGGAUACAAACCAAUUUGUGGUCCUGAAGAAACGAAUGUGGACUGCUUCUCAUAUGGGGUGAAGGAGAAGUUUUGGAGGAAACACAACAGAAAGAAUUCUGGACUUGAGGAAUCUGUCAGUAAUAGUAGAAUGCAUAUCUUUCUUCCAGAUGACAUUCUUGAAAUGUGCUUGGUCCGGCUUCCAUUGAUGAGUCUCAUGAAUGCUCGCCUCGUGUGCAAGAAAUGGAGAUCCUUGACUACCACUCCUAGAUUCCUUCAGAUGAGACGGGAGGGUUCAUACCAAAAUCCAUGGUUAUUUCUUUUUGGUGCGGUUAAAGAUGGCCUUUGCUCUGGCGAGAUACAUGCAUUGGAUGUGUCUCUAAAUCAGUGGCACAAGAUAGAUGCUGAUCUUCUCAAGGGAAGGUUCAUGUUUUCUGUUGCCAGUAUACUGGAUGAUAUAUUCGUUGUUGGAGGAUGUUCAAGUUUGACUAACUUUGGGAAGGUGGAUAGGAGCUCAUUUAAGACACACAAAGGGGUAGUGAUGUUUAGUCCCUUGACAAGAUCAUGGCGUAAAAUAUCAUCAAUGAAAUAUGCUAGAUCAAUUCCUAUACUAGGAGUGUCUGAGGUCAGUUUAGAUUUUUCAACCAGUCAUGUUCAUCAAAGUUGGCAGGAUAGACGUAUUCCAAGACCCAGGAUUGGUGGGGUUUCAGACGUCUAUGAGGAUCCUCAUAAGCUUUCAAUGAGGCGUCAGUGCAGAGCUGCUGUCAAUGAGAAUGAUGCUUUGUCUAUCUCAAGUCAAAAAUCAUACAAGGUCAUUAGACAGAGAAAUGAUCAUUCAAGUUCAAAAGGCAGUAAAAGAUUUGUAUUGAUAGCUGUAGGAGGUCUGGGAUCUUGGGAUGAGCCUUUGGAUUCUGGAGAAAUAUAUGAUUCCGGGUCAAAUAAAUGGACUGAAAUCCAGGGAUUGCCUUCAGAUUUUGGUGUUGCUUGUUCUGGAGUUGUUUGUGGGGGAAUGUUUUAUGUCUAUUCUGAGACUGACAAGCUUGCAGCAUAUAACAUAGAACGUGGUUUCUGGAUUGCAAUUCAAGCUGCUCCAUUCCCACCUCGGGUACAUGAAUACUACCCUAAGCUUGUAUCAUGUAAUGGCAGGCUUUUUGUGCUCUCUGUGUCCUGGUGUGAAGGGGAUGGUCAAAUUGGCCGGCGAAACAAGGCUGUUAGAAAAUUAUGGGAAUUAGAUCUCAUGUAUCUCACCUGGACGGAAAUCUCAGUGCAUCCAGAUGCCCCAAUGGACUGGAAUGCAGUUUUUUUGGGCAGCAAAAACCUGAUUUUUGGGGUUGAAAUGUUUAAAAUAUUUGGUCAGGUGUUAGAUUUCUUCACUGUAUGCGAUGUGUCUGAUACGGCAAACUGGAGCCAUAUUUCGAGGAAUCAUGUUACUCAUGAGCUGGAUGCUUCUUCAUGCUUGACCAAAUCAUUGGCAGUUCUACAUCUUUGAAGUCAUUUAUUGACUUAUGCGACAUUAUUUCUUCCCCUCAGAUGUUUUAGGAUCCGAUAUAAUCAGUUGCUCCUACUUUUUUUAUUCUCUGCAUGAAAUUGUAUACGUUCAGCUCUUCAGUAAGGUCUCGGUUUCAGUGUCGCUCGUGUACUUUCUCUUUUAAAUUCGUUUACACAGCACCAGUCAUAAUGAUGCGUUCUUGCCCCACUUUUAUUUUUCCUGUUCUGGGAAUAGUUAUUGUGGUCGAUUUUUUGCCAUUCUGCAUGCCCUUAUCUCUGUCU